UGAGCUGGCGAUGCUGCUCUCUAUGGCUCAGAGCAACCCAGCGCUGUUCCAGAUGAUCUCAGACAGGGGGACAAUUGCGAGGCAGUUAGACAGACUCAGCAAACUGAAAGACCUGAUGGAGAUUAGCCAGGAAGAGCUGAAAACCAAACAGGCCGAGGAGUGGACCGGCUGGAUCACACGCUAUAGGAAGCGUCUGGCCCUUGAGCUGGAAGGCCAGAGUGAUGUGCAGGCCGUGCAGGAGGAGAGGGUGAGGGUGAUGGACAGCACCAACCCCCGUGUGAUACUCAGGAACUACAUUGCCCAGAAUGCAAUUGAGGCGGCUGAGAAUGGAGACUUUUCUGAGGUCCAGCGGGUGCUCAAGGUUCUGCAGAAGCCUUUUUCUUCACAGCCAGGUCUGGAGCUUCCUGCAUGGGUGGGUGGAGGCGAGGGCACCGGACAGGCAGAGAGGGACGAAGGAGAGGAGCAACAGCAAGAGGCGGCGUCUACAUCUACAGCCAGAAAUCCUGUCCCCUAUGACAGCAAGCCCCCGGCUUGGGCCCGUGAAAUCUGUGUCACGUGAUCUUCAUAAUAACUUCCUUGAUCGUUAGCUUUUCUGCCUAAAAUGAUGAGAGAGUUUAUUUUUCUUAUUUUUUUGUAUCCAGUCACUGUAAAACUUUCUCUCUUACUUUGGCAGGCAGCGUCAGGGAAGUUAGAAUGAGGCACCGCACCCCACAGGCCACCUAGCUGUACCAAAGCAGACAGGGAAUAAGUUGAGUUUGGUGGUAUAAAAAUGUGACGGAAGCCGUGCAGUGAGUAAACCUCACUCCACGACACCUUAAGAGACGCACUGGCGACCGGCGCUAGCGCUUGUGGGUUUUUAGCCUCCUCGUCAGCGGGUCCGCCUCCCGUACCCGAGGUCGCUGGCUCGAGUCAGGAACUGUUCUUGGGAGCAGCCGGAUACAAAUACAUAGAAUUACAAAUAUGAUGCUGGGAAAGGGCUUUAAUGUGAUUAUUUUCUUCCAUAGCUAUACAAAUCAACAUUGAAAGAUAUCAGUGUUUAACAUAUAAAGAAAUCAGACAUCAUAUGAGCUGUGUUCCUCAUGCAUUCCUGCAGAGGGCAUUUGUGCUUCAAACGAGGGGUUGCCUAGGUCACCCAUAAAUCCAUGGUAACAUUUUUUUACGGUAGAAUUUUUGUAGAUGCUCCUGAAUGCAAGACGCAUUAAGUUCAGGGCGGGGACCCGUUUAUGAAAUAUCUGGCAUGCAACCAAAGACAUAAAAAAUUGUUUGUCUUGUUCCCUGCCUGCUUGGUGUUCAGCUAGCUACUAAUGAUGACUCAGACAACAAGUCCUACAGUGACCUGUCUGACUCUGACAAACAGUGGGGUGUCACCUCAACUUAUACCAAAUAUUUCUGUGUGAGAGUGAGUGAGUGAUUGGGAGAAAGAGAGGUUGUUCGGGGGUAUGUAUUUGGGAGAGUGAUUGCUCUUGAUCCAAUAAGCCGCAAUAGAAAAACACGCACAAUAUAUAUUCUCCUGUAAUAGAAAACAUUGCCUUUUGCCACUGUCAUAGCAUCACUUUAUAUGCACAGAGCCACAAACAUCACUUACCACUUUUUGCUACUAAAUAUGUUCAGAAAGCAUCUAAACAAAACUACAGUAAAUGUCGAGAUAAGGAAAAGUGGAAACUGCAGGUUAGAUUUGACUGUUUUGGUUGGGCUGUGAGUCAAACUUCUAAGGGGAAGUAGAUUGCGCCACAAAUGAGAUGCUAUCAAGUAUGGUUUUGUUGAAGGGGGAAAACCCAUUCACCAUUCAUGAAUCUGUGUGAAGUGAUCAUCACUUGCUCUGUUUGAACCAGGAUCAUUCUUGUUUGUUUGGUAAAUUAAUUGAGAUUUGUUGUCAUUUCAUGUAUUAAAACUGGACUUCCACAUGAAAAAGGACAUAAAUGGAAAUUAGAUUAUGUAGCCUAUCAGAGUUGUAUGUUUCCCUAAGAAAUAUGAAAUAUAUGGUUGAGCUCUCCCUCAGUUAUAGCCUUAAUAUGUCCUAAUAAACUGAGCAGUCAAUA